UCAGGUCUGUGGCUGGACACAAACACUUUCCCAGGUUCCACCCUCUUCCUAAGUGUUGAAGCUAAAUCCUUGUUGAAUACUAUAUUUUAAAUCUUUAAAAAAAAAAAAAAAGGCUGGGUGUGGUGGCUUACGCCUAUAAUCUGAGUACUUUGGGAGGCUGAGGCAAGGAGGAUUGCUUGAGCCCAGGAGUUUGAGACCAGCCUGGGAAACAUGGCGAAACCCCCCAUCUCUACAAAAAAUACAAAAAUUAGCCAGGCAUUGGUAGCAUGUGCCUGUAGUUCCAGCUACCUUGGGAGGCUAAGGUGGGAGGAUUGCCUGAGCCAAGGAGGUUGAAGCUGCAGUGAACUAUGAUUGUACCACUGCCGUCCAUCCUGGGUGACAGAGCAACAUCCUGUCUCAAAAAAAAAAAAAAAAAGGCCAGGGAUCGUGUCUUAUGCCUGUAAUCCCCGCACUUUGGGAGGCCAAGGCAGGUAGAUCACCUGAGGUCAAGAGUUUGAGACCAGCCUGGCCAACAUGGCAAAAUCCCAUCUCUACUAAAAAUACAAAAAUUAGCCCAGCUAAGUUAAAAGCAUAAAAAGACUACAAAGAGGCCGGGUGUCGUGGCUCACGCCUGUAAUCCCAGCACUUUGGGAGGCCAAGGUGGGUAGAUCACUUGAGGUCAGGAGUUUGAGACCAGCCUGGCCAAUAUGGUGAAACCCUGUCUCUACUAAAAAUACAAAAAUUAGCCGGGUGUUGGGGGGCGGGGGGGCAGCGGUGCACGCCUGUAAUCCCAGCUACUCGGGAGGCUGAGGCGGGAGAAUUAAUUGGUUUAACCCGAGAGGCAGAGAUUGCAGUGAGCUGAGAUUGUGCCACUGCACUCCAGGCCAAGUGACAGAGCAAGAUUCCAUCUCAAAAAAAAAAAAAAAACUGCAAAGAACUAGUUCCUUUGAUAAGCCACCAAGCCUGGCCGUUUUUUGAGAUCAAUUAAUUUAUGGCAGGUGGGGCGCAGUGGCUUACACCUGUACCUGUAAUCCCAGCGCUUUUGGGAGGCCGAGGCGGGUGGAUCACCUGAGGUCAGGAGUUCAAGACCAGCCUGGCCAACAUAGUGAAACCCCAUCUCUGCUAAAAAUACAAAAAAUUAGCCAGGCAUGGUACCGCGCGUCUGUAAUCCCAGCUACUCGGGAGGCUGAGGCAGGAGAAUCGCGUCAACCCGGGAGGCAGAGGUUGCAGUGAGCCGAGAUCAUGCCAUUGCACUACAGUCUGGGCGACAGAGCAAGACUCCCUCCCAAAAGUGAAAAAAAAAUUAUGGCAGCACAGAAAAGGGACAAUUAGCCACCAAUUAGUCGUCUGGUGGCUAAUUGGAACUGCCUGAGUAGUGAGUGGGUUGUAUUUUCCAAGUUGCUUCACCUUUGAUUGAACAAAAUAUGUGGACUGUCUGCAGGGGACUAAGGCCCCAGGACUGCAUCCCUUAGACAUAGGGCCACCACUCUGUGGAAUGGACGCAGCUGAUGACACAAAGCAUGGUUGCCAGGAAACGCUCAGGUCUUUUUGUCCUUAAGUGGCCCCACCAAGAGUGAGUGAAUCCUGGCUUUUCUAGGUUAAGGGGAUGGAUGGAGUCUAGCUGAAUCUUAGGAGGCCUCCUCAGCCCCUGUUGCCAAGGCUCCCCUUGUGAUCCUUGUGGUGGCCUUUGCUUCCCCCCGUGGCUCACAGUGAGGCGUGUUCUUACCUGUAAUCUUCAGGGCACGCGGGGGCCCCCACGUCUCAAACGUCCGCCGGCGUGGGGACUGGGAGUCCAGGACUCCAGCUCGGGGACCCGAGCCUGGCGACAGACAGCGGAGGGGUGGCCAUCGCGGACCCCGCCGGGGAGCGGAGGCGCAGAUUCCCUGGAGGCAGGAGCUGCGUCCAGUGACUCGCCCGGCGCGGUGGGACCCGGGGCGGGGGCGCCCCGAGGACCUCGCAGGGCCCCGAAAGGCCCCAAGGCGCGGCGCGCAGUGAGCGGGAAGUGGUCGGCCGGCGCCCCGCGGCGGCACACAGCUCCUGACAGCCACGAUGCCACCCGCGACCACAGUCUCCCUCCGGGAGCUGGCGGACCUCUCCAUCGGCACCCCAGAGGUGGGCGCCGUCAACUUUACGGCCCUGCACACGCUCAUCGUGGCCAUGCUCAAGAACCUUGACCUCCAAAAUACCCGGAUCGACUUCCAGGCCUCGUCGCCCAAGCCCAGCCGCUCGCUGCAGUCCGUCCGGAGCUCGCUCGGCACCCCACACCUGCCCGCGCCCAAGGAGGUGCCCAAGGGGGCGCCCCGGGAGAAGCGCAGGGGCGUGGGCCGGGAGCCUUCGUCAGCGCUGGAGAGCCAAGUGAAGGACCUGGGCGGCCAGGUGGAGGACCUGAGCAAGCAGCUCAAGCGCAUGGACGGCCAGGUGCAGGGCAUCGCCACGCACGUGCAGCACUUCUCCCAGGCCAGCGGGCUCGACCUGGCUGUGCGAGAGUGGCCGGAGGAGCAGGAGGUGGGCGUGCGGGCGCUCGAUAGGGUGCGGACUGGGAGUAUCACGAAGGAUGCCGCCGAGGAGCUCAGCUUUGCCAGGGUACUUUUACAGCGGGUUGAUGAACUAGAGAAGCUAUUCAAAGAUCGGGAGAAAUUCGUGCAACUAGUCAGCCGGAAGCUGAGUUUGGUUCCUGGUGCGGAAGAAGUCACCAUGGUCACCUGGGAAGAGCUGGAGCAGGCGAUUACAGACGGCUGGAGAGGCUCACAAGCGGGCUCAGAAACACUUAUGGGAUUUUCUAAGCACAGAGGGUUCACUUCCUUAACAUCACCUGAAGGGACUCUAAGCGGAGCCUCUACCAAGCAACCAAGUAUUGACCAGGCUCUGGAUUCUGCCAGUGGUCUUGGCCCGGAUCAGACUGCAUCAGGAUCUGGUGGCGCAGCACACCCCUCUGAUGGGGUUACCAGUAGGGAACAAAGCAAGGUCCCCUCUGGUACUGGUAGACAGCAGCAGCCGAGGGCCCGUGAUGAAGCUGGCAUGCCACGACUCCAUCAGUCUUCUAUAUUCCAAUUCAAAUCAGACUCAGAUCGUCACAGGAGUAGAGAGAAGCUUACCUCGACAUAUCCAAGAAGAGAUGAACGAGAUGCAUGUCCUGGUCCAGUUCAACAGGACUUAACCUUGGCCAGAGACCAGCCCAGUAGGGUGCCCGCUAGCCAGAGUCAGGUCCAUCUAAGGCCAGAUCGUCGUGGGUUAGAACCAACUGGCAUGAAUCAGCCUGGAUUAGUGCCUGCUAGCACUUUCCCACAUGGUGUGGUACCCCUCAGCAUGGGUCAGCUUGGUGUGCCACCACCUGAGAUGGAUGAUCGGGAAUUGGUACCAUUUGUCAUGGAUGAGCAACAUAUGUUGCCACCAUCAGUACCUGGCAGAGACCAGCAAGGAUUGGAACUACCUAGCACGGACCAACAUGGUCUGGUUUCAGUCAGUGCAUAUCAGCAUGGUAUGACACUUCCCAGCGCAGACCAACGCAGUAUGGAACCACUUGACAUGGAUCAGCGUGGAUUUGUAAUAUCAGGCAUGGGUUGGCAAGGACUGGUACCCCCUAGUAUGGACCAGCAAGGACUGACAUUGCCUGUCAUAGAUCAACAUGGACUGGUUCUACCUUUUACAGACCAGCAUGGUUUGGUAUCACCUGGUUUGAUGCCAAUUAGUGCAGAUCAGAAAGGUUUUGUGCAGCCCAGUUUGGAAGCAACUGGCUUCAUACAACCUGGCACACAGCAGCAUGAUUUGAUCCAGUCUGGCAGAUUUCAGCAUGCUUUGGUGCAGCCUGGUGCAUAUCAGCCUGGCUUGGUCCAACCUGGUGCAGAUCAGCGUGGUUUGGUCCAACUUGGUGCAGAUCAGCGUGGUUUGGUGCAACCUGGAGUGGAUCAGCGUGGUCUGGUGCAACCUGGUGCAGAUCAGCCUGGUUUGGUCCAGCCUGGUGCAGGUCAACUUGGUAUGGUGCAGCCUGGAAUAGAUCAGCAAGGUUUGGUGCAACCUCAGGCAGAUCCACGUGGCUUGGUACAACCUGGUGCUCAUCCUCUUAGUUUGGUAAAACCUGGUGCAUAUUUGCAUGAUUUGUCUCAACCUGGGACAUAUCCACGUGGUUUGGUGCAGCCUGGAAUGGAUCGGUAUGGUUUGAGACAACCUGGUGCCUAUCAGCCAGGCUUGAUAGCACCAGGUACAAAGCUUCGUGGCUCUUCAACAUUCCAGGCAGAUUCUACAGGUUUUAUAUCAGUACGUCCAUAUCAACAUGGUAUGGUACCUCCUGGCAGAGAACAACAUGGCCAGGUGUCACCACUCCUAGCCAGUCAAGGUUUGGCAUCACCUGGUAUAGACCAAAGGAGUUUGGUACCACCAGAAACUUAUCAACAAGGUUUGAUGCAUCCUAGCACAGACCAGCAUGGUCCAAUACCACCGAGUACAGGUUUGGGAUCUACACACCCAGAUCAACAGCAUUUGGCAUCACCUGGCCCAGGUGAGCAUGACCAGGUGUACCCAGAUGCAGCUCAGCAUGGCUGUGCUUUCUCUCUCUCUGACAGUCGUGAUUCAAUGUAUCCUGGUUAUGGUGGCCCAGGGUACCUAAGUGCUGAUCAGCAUGGCCAGGAAGGUUUGGAUCCAAACAGAACACAAGCCUUGGACCGACGUGGAAUUCCUGCCCAGAAGGCCUCAGGCCAAGAUGUUACCCUUUUCAGGAGUCCAGACUCCGUCGACCGAGUCCCAUCAGAAGGGAGCGAAGUCUCGAAUGAAGUCCUGAGUCAGCGACGUGAUUCACUGUAUAAAAUGAGUUCUAGUUUCCCCACGGCAGUGGAGACAUUUCGUCUGAUGGGAGAGCUCAGUAGCCUCUAUGUGGGGCUAAAGGAGAGUAUGAAGGAUCUGGAUGAGGAGGAGGCCGGCCAAACCGACUUGGAGAAGAUCCAGUUCCUGCUGGCACAGAUGGUCAAAAGGACCAUACCUCCUGAACUGCAGGAGCAGCUGAAGACCGUAAAGACGCUAGCCAAAGAAGUUUGGCAGGAAAAAGCAAAAGUGGAAAGGCUGCAAAGGAUCCUGGAAUGGGAAGGGAAUCAAGAAGCAGGGAAGGAACUGAAAGCUGGAGAGCUGAGAUUGCAGCUGGCUGUCCUCAGAGUCACCGUGGCUGACAUUGAGAAGGAGCUGGCCGAGUUGAGGGAGAGCCAAGACAGGGGCAAGGCUGCCAUGGAAAAUUCUGUCUCCGAAGCCUCCCUUUACCUGCAGGACCAGUUGGACAAGCUCAGGAUGAUCAUUGACAGCAUGCUGACCUCCUCCUCCACGCUCCUGUCCAUGAGCAUGGCCCCGCACAAGGCCCACACCUUGGCUCCUGGCCAGAUCGACCCUGAGGCCACCUGUCCAGCCUGCAGCCUGGAUGUGAGCCAUCAGGUCAGCAUGCUGGUGCAGCGCUACGAGCAACUCCAAGACAUGGUCAACAGCCUGGCCAUCUCCCGACCCUCCAAGAAGGCCAAGCUCCAGAGACAGGACGAGGAACUGCUGGGCCGCGUGCAGAGUGCCAUCUUGCAGGUGCAGGGCGACUGCGAGAAGCUCAACAUCACCACCAGCAACCUCAUCGAGGACCAUCGGCAGAAACAGCAGGACAUUGCUAUGCUGUACCAGGGUCUGGAGAAGCUCGAAAAGGAAAAGGCCAACAGGGAGCACCUGGAGAUGGAGAUCGAUGUGAAAGCCGACAAGAGUGCUCUGGCCACCAAAGUGAGCCGUAUCCAGUUUGAUGCCACCACGGAGCAGCUGAACCACAUGAUGCAGGAGCUGGUGGCUAAGAUGAGCGGGCAGGAGCAGGACUGGCAGAAGAUGCUGGACAAGCUGCUCACAGAGAUGGACAACAAGCUGGACCGCCUGGAGCUGGACCCAGUGAAGCAGUUGCUGGAGGAUCGGUGGAAAUCGCUGCGACAGCAGCUCAGGGAGCGCCCCCCACUCUACCAGGCAGACGAGGCGGCUGCCAUGCGGCGGCAGCUCCUGGCACAUUUCCACUGCCUCUCAUGUGACCGGCCCUUGGAGACACCUGUGACUGGACAUGCCAUCCCCGUGACCCCCGCGGGUCCAGGCCUACCUGGGCACCAUUCCCUCCGCCCCUACACGGUGUUUGAACUGGAGCAGGUCCGGCAGCAUAGCCGCAACCUCAAGCUGGGCAGUGCCUUCCCGCGGGGUGACCUGGCGCAGAUGGAACAGAGCGUGGGGCGCCUGCGCUCCAUGCACUCCAAGAUGCUGAUGAACAUCGAGAAGGUGCAGAUCCACUUUGGGGGCUCCGCCAAGGCCAGCAGCCAGAUAAUCCGCGAGCUGCUGCACACCCAGUGCCUGGGCUCCCCCUGCUACAAACGGGUGACAGACACGGCUGAUUACACCUACUCAACUGUGCCCCGGCACUGCGGGGGCAGCCACACCCUCACCCACCCCUACCACCGCAGCCGCCCGCAGCACCUACCCCGAGGCCUGUAUCCCACUGAAGAGAUCCAGAUUGCCAUGAAGUGUGAUGAGGUGGACAUCUUGGGCCUGGAUGGCCACAUUUACAAGGGACGGAUGGACACAAGGCUGCCGGGCAUCCUCCACAAAGACAGCUCAGGGACCUCAAAGUGCAAGUCCCAGCAGCCCAGGCCCCACGAGCACAGGCUGCCAUCCCUCGGUGGCAAUGGUCAGCUGCCCUCUCGGCCACAGAUCACCCAGAUGUCGGCUGGCAACACCUCAGGAAACUACCAAAGGGGCAGCUCUUGGCUCCUGCAGAAGGACGUGUUUGCUUACUUUUCAUUCACAAAGAUCAUGAAGGGGCUUCAUGACUGCUUAGGAGCUCAGAUGGGUCUGCACCGUGCCCCCCGGCCCCAGCAGCUCCCCUCCAGCCUGUGUCAGCCCAGCCCGGCGAACAGAACUGCUGUCAACCUCCCUGGGCAUUGGGCAGGCUGGGGUGACCCCUGGUGGGCUUGGGGAAUGUGUUGAGCAAGCUUAGCCCCCCUGUCUUGCAGUUUCUUCAUGUCAACAGAAAGACAGACCUUCCUCCGAGGGCCAUCUCUCCCAGCCCAACACAGCCCACCCGCCCAGCUCCGCCGCUGUGGCAAACACCGGGCUGGAGAGGCACAUGGACAUGCUUCCUGGGGAGGGGCUCGAGGAGCCCACGCGGGGGCCGAAGUCCAGCACUGCUCAGUGAGCGGAGGUGUAAAUAAACGUUCAGGAGGAAGUUUA